CUAUCUGGUGGCCUGGUGGAUGCUGGUAGAUUGUACCCAUGCUCAUUGUUCUCCGUGCGCGCCAUGCGCUUGCCCUCGGACCCGGAUUAUCGCCAUGAAUCAGCCCUGCGCCACCCAGUGCCACGGGGGCCACCAUCGUUCCUCCGUCUCCUCUGACACCGGACAACGGCCACUUUCCUCUCGGCGUGCUUUGGCGUUCUGGCGUGUGAGCUAAUAUAAAGACUCGUGCCACCACGCUCGUCAUGGCAUCUUCUCCACCUCCACAACUCCCACACAUUCACAGCCACUGCAGCUAACUCAACGCUUCGCUCUCUACGACUAACACCAUCCAUCACCUCUUCAGCAUCAUGACCAAGAACGUUAUCGUCUUCGGCGGCACUGGACACCAGGGUUCCGCAUUUGUCUCGGCCCUUGCCGCUUACAACACGAGCUCCGCUUCCCCGGCGUGGAAGAUUCACCUUCUCGCUCGCAACCCCGAGGCACCCGCGGCGCAGCGCCUCGCCCGCCUCAACGGCGUCACGGUCGUCCAUGCCCCGCACUACAUGGAGGCGCCAGAUGAGGCGUUUGAUGCCGCUGGCCUCGAUGUUGGCGAUGUUUACGGCGCCUUCCUCGUCUGUGGUUACAUGGACCGUGAGAAGGAGGUCGCACAAGGUGUCCGCGUCGUGAAGUCUGCGGCGGCCCAUGGCGUCCAGCACAUCGUCUUUGGCUCGGUCAUGUUCGAUGACGCGAAGGAAGUUGGCGACGACGGCAUGGACGCGAAGCGCGACAUUGAGCGCGCUAUCAAGGAGACGAACAUGAAGUGGACGAUGCUGCGCAGCAGCGACUUUAUGGACAACUGGCUGCCGACGGACGGCUUUAUCGGGCGCGUGUGGCACACGAUCGUCCUCAACUCGUUCAAGAAGCACCCGGAUCGCGCCCUGCCCAUGGUGGCGACGCGUGAUGUCGGCCGCGCUGGUGCGCUCGCCAUGACCUCGGGCGACAAGUAUGCCGGCCGGGCGAUCCCUCUCACGGGCGACCAGCUCACGAUGGCUCAAAUCAAGGCGACGUACAAGGAGGUCAUGGGCUCGGACAUUGUGCAGGCGUGGGGCAUCACGACUACGGCCGCACUGUGGACCAACCAGGAUGUCUCCGAGCUCUCCAAGUACUACGAUAGCGAGAAGGCCUUCGACCACAUCGACCCUGCCGUCACAAAGGAGGUUUUGCCCGACGUCGAGAACUUCCGUACAUUCCUGGAGCGGUACAAGCGCGAGCAGGCUGUCGCCAAGGCUAUGGCCUGAGUACACGAGUGACGAAGAAGGGGUGUGCCCGGAUGUUCUAAUGUAUUAUAGGAUUCACUAUGCGAUUAGCAAUCUGUUAGUGUG